GGACUCGCCUUAAGGUCCCAAGAAUCCCCUAGGUCUCACGUUUUUUCUCUCCCUUCUCUGUUACUCCACCGGUCGUCCCCUCGAUGAGAAUUAUGAGAGGAAUCCUAAAGGGGGUGACUGACGGUCGUAAAUGUGAGGCGUGUCGGCGUCUGUUUUUUUUUUAAUUGCAAUUGUAAAACAAAAAUGAACCGCUCUCCAUUGUCAGCAGAGUGGUUAGUGGGGUUGUCCCUGAUGUCCUAGUGGAGGGAAUUUCCUUGGUGAUGGUGCACGGUGAUGAGUAGUUUGGGUUUUUGGUGUUGAAAGCUACAAGAGGGGGAAAUCGAGCACCGGAAAGGUCGACCAGUUGAGCAUACACUAUGCCAGGAAGGUGCCUCAUCUGGAGGUUCACCAGCUGACGAGGAUUUUUCAAUGGUUUUACCAGCCAGCAUGGACUCUUAGUUUGUUAUGUCAGUACAUGAGCUCGUGGUUUGUAUUCAGCCUGGAGGGAAUGUUUUGGGGUAAUAUUGAGGUAGCCAAUGCUGUGGUAUGGAGACAGAGAGCAUAAAGUCAGGGGCUAGCGAGCAUAGCCACAGCCACCACAGUAGGAGUUCAUCGAAACAUUAUCGGUCACAUAGUAAUAAGACACAGCAUCAUAGGCAACAUUCUCACCGAAAUUCCAGCAGGAACAAUCGAAGUCAGCGUAAGGAAAGGCCGACCUUCGACUCCUGUGAAAUGGCGCCCUUCCAAACAACCGUAAAUGUUCGUGUGAAUAGUGUAGAAAAUGUGGGGCAAGAGGUUAUCGAAGUACAAAUUCUCCCCCAAGACGAGAAUUGGGGUGAGAAUACAACCGCCGUGACUGGAAAUACAUCUGAUCGGUCAGAAUCAACAGAAGAUGUCAGUCACUGGCCGAUUGAAACAGACGGAGCAUUUAAUUUUACCUGCAAUAGAUACUUGGCGCCUGUUGUCGCAGCAGCACUCGGUAUCGGUGCCUUUCUGAGUCCAAUUGCAAUGGUUGUACUGCCAAAAUUGGGCUUCUUUCCAGCCUCGUCAACGGUCCUAACGAUGCAACAAAGACUGCAGCUUUUAUCGUGCAAUGCCGAGUGCAAGGGACAAUUGCUCGGUUUGGCUUUUAAAUUACUUCUACUGGCGAUUGGGAGCUGGGCUAUUUUUCUGAGGCCUAGGAAUGCCACGAUGCCCAGGGUUUUUCUAUUCAGGGCAGGAGUACUCGUGCUGACAUUACUCUGCAUUUGCUCUUAUUGGCUAUUCUACGUUGUGCAGGUAACGGAGAGUGCAAAAACGGCGGCGAAUGGUGAGAUAACAGAGUACAAAAGUCUAGUGAAUUACGCUGGUACAUUUGUGGACACUCUCCUCUUCAUCCAUUACGUGGCAGUUCUGUUGAUCGAAAUUCGACACCUCCAGCCGACAUUCUACAUCAAAGUGGUAAGAUCACCAGACGGCGAGUCACGGUCCUAUGCGAUAGGUGACCUGUCAAUCCAACGAGCAGCAGUACUGGUGUUGGAGAAGUACUACACUGAAUUUCCAGUUUACAAUCCGUACCUGGAUCGUCUCCCAGUGUCGAAAUCCGGUCGAAAGCAGUCGAGUUUCAAAUUCUACGACGUCGAUGCUGGUGUUAAUGCAAAUGCACCACCAACACCCCAACGAGGUGGCGGUGACAGAGCUGUCUUGGCAGCCCAGGCACGAAGGAGGGACUCAUCUCACAAUGAGAGAUUCUACGAGGAGCACGACUACGAGAGGCGAGUGAGGAAGAGACGAGCGAGACUGAUAACAGCAGCUGAGGAGGCAUUUGCUCACAUCAAGAGGCUGCAUUCAGAGGCAGAAUUGGCACCAAAUCCAGGACCAAUGGAUCCCAUGGAGGCUGCACAGGCUGUAUUUCCAUCGAUGGCACGUGCUCUUCAGAAAUAUCUGAGGGUGACUAGGCAGCAGCCGAGGCACUCGGUUGAAUCGAUACUGGGACGUUUGGCGAGGUGUCUGGCACAGGAUGCUGCACCCAAGGCAUUCCUCGAGCCUUUCUUCACUGCCAGCCCUGUACUCUCCAAUGAGAAAGAACGGCAGAGAAAGUCACAUCAUUGGGCACUCGUUUGCGAGGGUGAAUUACCAUCGAGAUCGCUGUCACAGGGCUGUGAAUUUCAAUUACGUCAAGGGGAGGUUGCAUUGCUCUGUACUGCGUACAGAUUGCCACAUUUCAGUCUCACUGAGCAACUGGCACAUCCGAAAUCCAAUAAAUUCCUCCUGAGAUUAAAUUCGGAAACGUCUGUGUGAGGUGCGAUGUUGUCAAUUAUAGUUUUAUAAUUGCGUUAAUGGAGUAGAUUCGAGAAUUUUUUUCCCACUUGGGUCAGGUAUUUUGGGGGGUUAAUCGUCGGGCGAUAUGACAGAUAAUCGCGUCUCGAGAGAUUCAGUAGAUAGGUAUGAAGGUUUUAUAAAUGGAAAAACAAUAAUUACUGGAUCAUUUAGUAUUUAAUAUCUGUAAUUGAACUGGGGGAGAAGCAAUCGGGUUCUGGAAUCGGUCUGAUUUGAAACUAAAAAAUUGUACGUGAAAUUGCUUGUUUUUUAACGAAAUUUUGAACGUCUGAGGAUUUUUAUUACAAAAAAUUUCAACCCACAAUUUUUUUAUUCAAAUAAGAUUCGUUCGAGACAGAUUUUCUCCUCUCAGUGGGCGGUAUUUUCUGAUAGGAAGCCAACUAUCAAUGCCGUACUAUGCCUUUGAUAUAUGUACAAUUGAAUACAUAUUAAUGUAGCUGUAAUAUUUGCUGAGAGAUGAAAAAUUGAGAUUAAAAUGCACAGACUAGUACAUGAAGAAAAUAUUUUUCAUAUAAGCCGCUGUAUGUUUAAAUAAUUACAAUUAACAGCUGAAUAUUUAUAUUAAUUGUAAGGAGCCAGUGUUUUGCAGAUGUGCAUUUACAUUCCAAGCUGAAAUAGUUAUGAGAGACUAUGUAUAGUAUGAUCCACGAAAUAACCGUGGGAGCACAAAUGAGCGCUUGGUGUAAGUGACGGCCAAAGUAUUUCAGCAAACUGACGAUAUUCGUGGGAAAUCAGAUUAUUUUAGCAUCGAGAGAGAACUCAACUGCCUAAACUAUACAAUUCUAGAAUUUAAAUUUUUCAGUAAUAUUAGAUUAACAUAUCAAGGCUUUACGUACUGUUCAGACAUUCUUGUAUAUAAUUUUAAAGAAAUGCGAUUGAGGCGGUCUCUACAAUGGGACAGAAAUUCUGUUAAAGGAGAUAUUAAAUAUUAAACGUCUGUUGUCUCCUGGUGGAGUGCAGUGACAGGGCUUCGUCUAUAUGUGGAACUCAGUGUACUUGUGAAGUGGUGAAAUAGGAUGAGUUCAGGUAUUUUUAUUUCGGGAUCAGUUCAUUUAUUUUCCAGGCGUAGAAUCGAUGGGAUUAAGUCCCUGACACGGUUUGUAUGAAUGACCUCAUGUUUUCCAUAGAUAAUUUUUGUUAUAUUCCUCAGGUAAUGGGAAAAACUCUGACUGACUGUACUACACAGUUGACGAAAUAAUAGUUGCUAAUUAAAUAAUAACUAGAAUUAGUAAAUAAUUAAAUGUGGGUUUCUAGCAAUUGGAGUUUGCCAACUCAUGAGAAAAUGGUGAAGGGGAUAGGGAACUUGCAUGACGAUCUAUGCAGUUGUGAAAUGUAAACUGCGAUAAGUUGAUUUGAAAAAAAAUUAGCAUGUCCAAAUCAGAAAAGCGAAGAGAGAAAAGUUCGUGCAAGUUCCCUUCAAUCAACUCGUCCUGUCUUACCACUUCGAUAAAGAAUCGAACAUAUAAUUAAUGGGAGAUGUGUUACGCCUUAUGUCGUACUAUUUAUAUUCUUCAAGAUACUCAAUGAAUCAUUUUUUUACUCAUGAUUUUUUUAUUCGCCCGCCGAUGGAAUAAGCAAAGUAGCUUUUUCAACGAAGACUUUAAUUUUAAGAUUUUUUAAAAAUCAAAAAACCUUCGCAUUAUUAUUUAUGUGUGAGCGUGGCAUGACAGCUGUAAGCGAUAUCAAUUCACCCGUAAGUUAAGUUUUACACAUCCUCAAGUCAAAGAAAACCGUAAAUUGAUCUCUCAAAAUGUUUUGUACUUGAAAAUGGAGCAAAAAACAAUGAUAAUUAAUGAGGAAAAAAAUUCUCAUGCUGAGCAUUUGUACAGGAUUAAUUGUUCACAUAUGUAAAGGGAAAUAUGUGAAGUAUGAAAUGAAUAAAAGAAAUUAACGAGUGUAAUGCA